AUGAAAAAAAAUAAUUAUGAAGAAUAUUUUAUUUAUAUUCAAACAUUAAUUAUUGAUCGUGGAAUUAAUUUUGAUCUUAAAUAUUUUAAAAAACUUCGUCGUCUUAUGUUACGUAAUCCAAAAGAAAAAAUAUUCGAACAACUCAAUCAUUAUUCAUUACCUCAUAUUGAACAUCUUUCAAUAGCUCAUAAAUUUUUAACAUCAAAAAUUCAAUCUUUAAUCAUUGAUUUAUAUCCAAGAAUUUUUUCAAAUUAUUUUCCUUAUUUAAAAUCUUGUAAUCUAUUUGAAAUGAAAGUUGAAAUGCCAAUACAAAAUUGGCAACAAUCAUUAUCAUUAUAUAUUUUAAAAGUUGGACAAAUUGAUAUAUUUGUUUAUAGAACUAUUCUUUUAGCAUGUCCAAAUUUAUAUUUUUUUCAAUUAAAAAUAUUUCAAGGUGAUCAAUUAUUAUCAAAUACUGAAUUACAUUCUAAUUUAAAAUAA